ACCGCAUCGGCCGGCAGAUGAAGCAUGCCGAGAGACAGCGAGACAAAGCCGGGUGACCCGGUCCAGCGUGACGGGCACCGGCAACCGUUCCUGAUCGGUGUGGCCGGCGGCACGGCCAGCGGCAAGUCAUCGGUGUGCAACAAAAUCAUGGAGCUACUGGGCCAGAACGAGAUCGACCACCACCAGCGCCAAGUGGCCAUCCUCAGUCAGGACAGCUUCUACAAGGUCCUGACCCCAGAGCACAAGGCCAAGGCACUCAAGGGCCAGUUCAACUUUGACCACCCAGAUGCAUUUGACAAUGAUCUUAUAAUUGAGACUCUGUUGGACAUCAAGGAAGGAAAAACUGUCCAUAUUCCUGUUUAUGAUUUUGUCUCCCACUCCAGGAAGGAAGAGACGGUCACGGUGUACCCUGCCGAUGUGGUGCUGUUUGAAGGCAUCUUGAUGUUCUACUCUCAGGAGAUUCGAGACCUUUUCCAAAUGAAACUGUUUGUGGAUACGGACGCAGACACACGUCUGUCGCGCAGAGUGCUGAGGGACAUCAGUGAACGUGGCAGGGACCUGGAGAGCAUUCUAGCCCAGUACAUCAACUUUGUGAAGCCUGCUUUUGAGGAGUUCUGCCUGCCAACCAAGAAGUACGCUGAUGUGAUAAUUCCUAGAGGAGUUGAUAACACCGUUGCCAUUAACCUGAUUGUCCAGCACAUCCAGGACAUCCUGAACGGCGGCCUGACCAAACGACCCAACGGGUGGAUCAAUGGAUAUGGGUUUCUGAAGCAGCAGCCCGGCGUGGAAUCCAGCAGCCGGCCCCACUGACAUGAAAUCAAGUCAGCCUCUAAGUGCUCUUCUUCUUCAGUGAUGACGAUCAGCAGUUAGAAACUAUAAACGUCUUCCAGCGGUCUGAUUCUCCUCCGACUAAAGACAUCUGUAUAUAUAGAGAAUUUGAUUCAAGCUUUUUUUUCUGAUUCCAGUUUCCUCCUUUAGGUUUGAACUUUAUGAUCCAAUUUCAUUUUGAUUCAGGACCAGAGCUGCUUGCCUUUACAACAGAAACAGACUUGAAUGUGUUAUAAAAUCAGAAAUAUUAAUCUGCUCAACCAGUCUGCCUAUUCUUCUCUGAUAUCGGCAACGCAUUUUCACCCACACAUUGUCCUCUGAACAUUUCCUUCUUUCAAAUCGUUUUCUCUGAUGUUUGGAGCAAACACUUGUUUUUUUGUGUCUCUCAUUGUUGUCUUUCUUCACUUGACCCUUUCUGGGAAACAAAUAUGUCCAUAUGUGCAAGUUAAAGUUGAAAUAAGUUGGUUUUACUGUUGCAUUUGUUUUGCUUUGUCUGUUGAAAUGAAUUUCGAAACAAGUUAAAGGAACCAGUUUCCCCCUCAGGUCCUCUGAUUUAACCAGGACCAUUGGGUCUGAAACACAGAUGAUUUUUGUAUUUACUUUAUGAACCAGCUGCAGAUGUUUAGUUCAAUAUGAUCUGGACUCAUUCACAAACAAUUGGAGCAAUUCAUUUGCUUCCAUAUUCUGAUGCAGACAGAUGAUUUUUUUUAUUUUUAUUAAAGUGUACACUAACGGGUACAGUCAUUAAGUUUAAUA